AUGAGAGCGUUUAAGGGAGAGUUCAUACCUGGUCUGUGUGUGUGUGAGCAGCAGAGUGAGCAGCGACCCCCUGACCCCCUGCGGGGCCUGCGCAGACACUGCUGGGUGCUCGUGCUCUCAGGGAGCCACAGCGUACAGGAAAACUUCUUCAUCGACCCUCUGACAGGAAACAGAUACCCUACUGACCACGACCACUUCCUGGGCAUCGACAGCGUGUGGAACAACCUCAACUACUACGCCAUCAUGCAGGACUGCAGAAACGGCUGCACUAAUAUGGUGUAUGACCUGGAAGAUGUAAACCUGUGGGAGCCACUUUUGUUUGGUACGACCAGUAAGAAGCAGCUGAUUCUGGAAGUGUUGAAAAGGAAGGAGAACAAGACGAUGAAGAAUAUUAUUAAAGAUGAGAAGCACAUGAACGCAGCAUUAGAGCCGUACAUGGAGUAA